UGCUGCUGACUUCCGGUUCCUUCCACAGAGGACGUCGCUUGCGGGCAGCCGGGUUGCUGCCGUGCCGGCCGGAAGUAGCGCGGCGGUGGCGGGCGGCCGGCGCAGCCAUGCCGCGGUAUUACGAGGACAAGCCGGAGGGCGGCGCGUGCGCGGGCGUGAAGGAGGACCUGGGCGCCUGCCUGCUGCAGUCCCACUGUGUGCUCCAGGAAGGAAAAUCCCCUCGGCAGUGUCUGAAGGAAGGAAACUGCAGAGCUUUGAAAAAUUCAUUUUUUGAAUGUAAAAGAUCAAUGUUGGAUGCCAGGUCAAGAUUCAGAGGAAGAAAAGGAUAUUGAUAACUUAUGUUGAAACGAAGAUGAAUACAACAAGGAUUUCCUCUGGUCAUUAAAACACAGUAACCAAAGUUGGAAACAUGUUUUUUCCUACACCUGUUUGGUUGGACCUGGAGCCCUGGAGAGAAUGCAUGAUUUCUGUUUUUAGUAUCUGUAAUUAAUUUUAUUGUCCUGAGUUAUUUUUAGAAGAAAAAUGUAAUUGACCAGUUAUGAGCAAGGGAGCAUAAUAAAUGCGUUUUAAAAAUGGUUUUAAAA